UUGUUUACACAUGGCCAACUAUUUCUCUCUCUCCCUCUCUCUCUCUCUCUCUCUCUCUAAAAAGUUGAGGACUUUGAAUGUUAUACAUUGUAGAAGAAGUCAAUGUCUUGAGCAUUUCUAUGUGUAGCGUACAUGAAAAUAUCCCUAGAUGGAGAAGACAUCGGCAGCCUUCUCUUGCACACAUUGUUGUGUUUUCUUAAUUUGGUUAUUUCUUGCAGCUUCUGCUUCCACUGCAGACCUGGCACUGAAUUUCUACGCAGCUUCAUGCCCUUCUGCCGAGUUUAUUGUCCGAAACACAGUGAGAUCGGCCUCCGACUUGGACCCUACCGUCCCCGGGAAGCUCCUCCGUCUGCUCUUCCAUGAUUGCUUUGUGGAGGGUUGUGAUGCAUCUGUGCUUCUACAAGGAACUGGGACUGAGAGAAGUGAUCCGGCAAACACAUCUCUGGGAGGGUUUGCAGUGAUCGAUUCGGCGAAGAGACUGCUUGAAGUCUUCUGUCCCGGAACUGUUUCUUGCGCUGACAUUGUUGCUCUGGCUGCUAGAGAUGCUGUUGAAUUUUCUGGGGGACCUGUGGCUCAGAUUCCAACAGGUAGGAGAGACGGGAAAGUUUCUGCAGCUUCAAAUGUCAGGCCUAAUAUUGUAGAUACAAGUUUUACAAUGGAUGAGAUGAUUAAGCUCUUCUCUUCCAAAGGGUUGUCUUUGGUUGACCUAGCCACCCUAUCAGGAGCUCACACUAUCGGAUCAGCUCACUGCAGUGCAUUCAGAGAUCGGUUCAAGCAGGACCCCAAAGGAAAAUUCACACUCAUUGACACAUCCUUAGACAAUGUUUAUGCAGAGGAGCUCAUGGAGCAGUGCCCUGCAGGCGCAAAUCAGUCUACAACGGUAAAAAAUGAUCCUAAAACAUCGUUUGCGUUCGAUAAUCAGUACUACCAAAAUCUCUUAGCACACAGAGGGCUGUUUCAAUCGGAUUCCAUCUUGCUAACCGAUGGCAGAACAAGAAAACAAGUGGAGAUAUUUGCACAGGACCAAGUUAGUUUUUUCCAGAGCUGGACUGAGUCAUUCUUGAAACUUGCUAGCAUCGGCGUGAAGACAGGUGAUGAAGGCGAAAUUCGAGCCUCUUGUCCGACGACUAAUGCCUGAAGGAAUGAAAACACUUGCAAUCUGGUGAUGGUUUUGUAGGUUGGAGGAGAAAAUUGAAAGGCAAUUUUGGCCAAAUGGUACUACUUUGGAAGCGUUGCUGAAUGUCUAUAAACUUGUUUUUAGGGUCAUUUUAGUUGCGGUCCUUGAUCAUCUCAAUUGUUAGAUUGAAACCUUAUAGUUUUUUAAUUUUCAUCAAAGUCAUUUGAAUUUGUACACCUCAGCAUUUUAGUAUUUAUUAUAUUUACAUGUCAUUUUUUUGUAUUUUAAAUAAAAAUGGUUGAUUGAGUCAAACUUCAAAACA